CCGCUUCCAACGGUUAAUCUUAUCGGACGUAACUUUUCUUCGCUUAGCAGUCGAAAUGGUGCAUAGGGUAUUGCUUGCAGUGGUUUUGAUUUGCAGCUUGGUGACCCUGAAUUCGUCGGGUGCAUCAGCUGAUAUCGAUUGGUCAUUGGUUCGUCCAAUGAGCGAAUUUCCCCGUAUUGCCAAUAGAAUUCAGCAAUUGGUUCAAAAAACAGGCAAUGGAAAGGUCGAUCAAGUCCGAUUGAAUCCACGAAUCGUUGGAGGACAACCUACUACACCGGAAAACAUCCCGUAUCAGGCCGCAAUUCUGUCAAAUUUCCCCGAUGGCACUGGUCUUUGUGGAGGAAUUCUUGUGUCACUGAACUACGUGCUAACUGCAGCGUCCUGUGUAGAUGGCGCUAGUGGUGGAACAGUUAUUCUGGGAGCUCAGAAUAUUCAAAACGCCAAUGAAGCAGGUCAAGUGCGUAUUUCGUUUACCGCAGCCAACGUUUUUGUCCAUGAAGAUUACGUUGAAUUCAUCUUCCGAAACAAUAUCGCCGUUAUAAGAUUAGGACAAACCGUACAGCAAACGGCACGUAUUCGUCCGGCAUUUCUACCGGCUGCCAAUGAAGCUCGAACCUUCGCCGGUUUCGCUGCUCAAAUCAGUGGAUUUGGCUGGACAUCGGACGCCAGCAGUUCAUUCUCGGAUGUUCUAAGGUAUACAACCAACGUCAUCUGGACCAAUGCGGAUUGUGCCGAUGGAUACUGGGGAGGUUUGGUAGACAGUCAAAAAAUGUGCCUAUCUUAUUUGGAGAAUCGGGGACCUUGCGUGGGUGACGAUGGCGGACCUAUGACGGUGCUCGAAGCCGGCCAACGCAUGGUGGUCGGAAUGUUCUCCUUUGGUUCCGUCAUUGGCUGCGAAAGCAACUGGCCCACGGUAUUCGUGAGGAUUUCAUUUUAUCUUGACUGGAUUGCGUCGCACACCGAUGCGCAGAUCCGUUCAAAUUAAAAUGUGAAACCGACCGACGGAAAAGCAAUUAGUGGAUUCCGUUGGCUUCCGAUACAGUGCAAUAUAAAUAUAAUCCGUGGAAUUAGACAAAGAUAGCGAGGCAGAUAGCA